AUUCUGAUGGGGCAUUGAGGAUGCAUGAUCAACUUCAAUUUAUGGGAAGGAGAAUCAUUUCGAAAGACAGCCAUGGGGACCCUGCUAAACGUAGUAGAUUGUGGUCUCAUGACGAGAUCUUAAAAGUAUUACAACAUGGCACGGGAAUGCAAAUCGUUGAAGGUAUCCUCUUUUCAUCUGAUAUGUGCAUAGAUGAUUUAAGCUUUGAAGACUUUGCGAAGAUGCCCAAUUUAAGAUUUAUCGAUGGUUUAUCUGGGGGUAAAAUUUUCAAUGGAGAUUUUCCGCAUCUUCUUUCUCGAUUAAGAUGGUUCCGUUGGAGACGAUUCCCUUUAAAAAUUCUACCAAUCAAUUUUUAUCAUGAGGAACUAGUUCAUCUUGACUUAUCAAGUAGUGUCAUCAGCGUUGCUUGGAGUGAUAAACCUCAAAAUAAAAAUAAGAGGUUUCAAAAAUUGAAGGUUCUUAUUCUUAGUAGUUGUCUAGAUCUCUCUGGCUCUAUCGACUUCUUCUCAUGGUUUCCGUGCUUACAAAGAUUGGAUCUCUCGAACUGCAUGUCUCUUGUGGAGCUCCCAGAUAGUAUUUGUGAGAUAACUUCUCUCAAAAGUCUUAUUCUCAAUAAUUGUGAGUCGAUCAACAAGUUGCCUAUGUCUAUAGGUAAUCUAAAACAUUUGGUUGAGCUUUCAGUAAGUGAGACAAAAAUAGAAGAAUUGCCUGAUGGUGUAGGCCAUUUACAGAAGCUUGAGAAACUAGAUGUUUCAUGUUGCCGAAAACUGGUAAGGCUACCAACAUCAAUGGGUAGAAUGGGGAGUUUGCUUCAUUUUAACCUAGAAUAUACUAUGAUAGAAAAAUUACCAGAUGAUUUUUCAAAGCUCUUGAGCUUAGAGGUGUUAAGAAUGGGCAUGGUGGAGCUAGAUGAUCAGAUAGACUACAAGAGGCUUCAACCACUCCUAAUCAGCAUGAGUGCUUUUUCUCGUCUUCAGGAGCUAUAUUUGAAAGGCUACAUGAACCUUGAAUCUCUCCCAGAGCUUCCGCCAACUUUAAUUCGUCUGAAAGUUGAGAAGUGUAUUUCGUUGCAAAUAAUUUCAGAUCUAUCACACUUGGAAAUGUUGGAGAAAUUAUCACUUUAUGAUGCGAAAUCAUUGGUAAGAUUACCGGAUUUGUAAAGCCUGGAAAGAUUGAGUUCAUUACACAUCAGUGGUUGUGAAAAUCUAGAGAAAAUUCAAAGCCUCCAAGGAACAGAAUCCUUGGAAAUUUUGAGAGUGAAGGAUUGCCACAGAUUAAAAGAGUUAAUGAAUUUGUCUAAGCUGAAAGGAUUGGUUGAAUUAGACAUCAGUUGUGAAAAUCUAGAGAAUAUUGAGGGCCUCCAAGGAACAGAAUCUUUGGAAGUGUUGACAGUGCAGAGUUGCCACAAAUUAACAGAAUUACCAGAUUUGUCAAACCUGAAA